AUGCAUGUCCGUGAAAAGGAUCAUCAGAUUGUCAACGAAAUCAUGGACUUUCCAGAUUAUAACAUUUCCCUACAUCUCCUAGAAUAUUCAAACAUUUUUGAUUCUGUUUCAAACUUUACAGACUUUAAAAACUGGACCUCUGACGAAGAUAAAAAUGAUUUUGAGUACUUCUAUUUCUAUCGGACUGAACAGCUUACAUUCCUGUGGAUAAUCUUCACCAUGAUUGUUCUUGGGAACGGUGGUGUUCUGAUAACCUUGAUGAUGUCUAAAAACAGAAAGUCCCGGAUGAAUUUCUUCAUCAUGCAGCUUGCUCUGGCUGAUCUUCUUGUUGGGCUGAUUCAAGUUCUUACGGACAUUAUAUGGCGAACAUAUGUAGACUUCUACGGUGGAAAUGUUGUUUGUAAGAUUGUUCGCUACCUACAGGUUUUAGUUAUGUAUUCCUCCACUUAUGUUUUGGUGGCGCUGAGUAUCGAUCGAUAUGACGCCAUUACCCGCCCGAUGAAAUUCUCCGGAAGUUGGAAGCGAGCUAAGAUGCUGAUUGGUAUGGCCUGGGGAAUUAGUGCUUUAGCUGCCAGUCCAGCAGUUUUUUUGAAUAAGGAAUCCAUGAUCAAAGGACGAAUUCAGUGUUGGAUCGAGAUGGAGAACUGGCAAUGGAGAAUAUAUAUGUCCUUGGUUGCGUUUUCUGUUCUCUUUCUCCCUGCGGUUGUUAUCUCUGGAUGUUAUACCGUCAUUGUACACACCAUCUGGACAAAAAGUAAAUCCCUCACGUACCCUAAAACCAGACGAUCGGCAUCCACUGAGGAUGAUGAUGCAAUUAGCAAAAGAACCAGUUCCAGAGGAAUUAUUCCUCAAGCUAAGAUCAAGACUGUAAAAAUGACUUUUGUCAUAGUUUUUGUUUUUAUCCUAUGCUGGAGUCCAUACUUUAUCUAUGAUCUACUUCAAGUCUUUGGAUACUUUUCGAUAAACCAAACUAACAUUGCUGUCUCAACAUUCAUCCAAAGCUUAGCACCAUUAAAUAGUGCUGCUAACCCUUUUAUAUAUUUAAUAUUCUCUACUCAUUUAUGUAGGACUCUGAGUAAACGCACAUGUUGUCGAUGGUUUUCUCGUCGUGGUGGUGUCUGUCGUACGAGAGCGAAACGCCCUUUAGGAAAUGAUACCCUCAGACGAACUUCGCACUGUUCGACAAUGAGCGAAAUUGUCCUCAGAUCUUUGAGAUUAUCAAACAGCCACCAGGUCUCGCAGGAAAUGCGCCCAUCAGUUUCAUUUCAUAUGAAACAAGCUUCCAGGGUAACUAGUAAUUGGGAAAGGCCUAGUCUACCAUCUCAAGUCUUCAAAGUUGAACCUCACGAUGCUCAUAAAUUUUGA